AUGGCUGCUCCGCCGCGCUCUCGGCCUGCCAUGGCCAUGGCUCCCGACGACGGACAUUGCGUAGCACCCUUCAUCGCACCCCAUCAGCCCAAUUACGCCUAUGGAACGCCUGUAUCAGAAUACUCGCGCUCGCCGCGAAUACAUUCGUCUGUUCCGAGUCGGGACUCGGUCAUAUCGCACCCGUUCUCGCCCAAGGUCUCUUCUCCGCCAAGCCCUGUCUCCGUCGCUUCCAGACACUCGCAAACAGAGGGGACAUCGCAUCCCAGCAUCACCUUUCCCCCGCGGGCCCAAUUGGACCCAGAAAAACAGAAUGGCUUCCCACAGAGCCCCCAACCACGGACAUCACGAACCCACGCAUCGUUGUCCGAUCCGGAACGAAGACGCACCUCCGGUCAGGGACACCCCGACGAGGCUCCAGAGAUGGAUGUCUUACGGGUUAACCUCUAUCUCGCCGCACCCUGCGCCGUCGUCUCAACCAUUCUUAUGCUAUGGACUCUACUCGCAAUCGUCAUUACCUGCAUACUCCAACCCCUUCGCUUCUGCAGCUUUCGGCCGAGCUUCAACGAACAGCUUGCUAUAUUCCUCGCCCCUCCGCUAAAUCAGCAACUACGCCUCAUACAAUCCAGAGCUCGACCGAAUCGUUACAGCGCGUCCAUGCUCGUCAUCGUACAGCUGUUUGCGCCCUUCGUUGCCGUAGGCGUCGCUGUGGCAAGCUGGAUAGCGGCAUUCUUCUGGUUCUUCUCCGCCAUCCUCGGCGAUCCCGCCGGCCAGGACGGACACAAUGACGGGCGCGCAACGGUGAUGGCCGUGCGAAACUGGUGGGAGCGCUGGCUGGUUCGGGCCUGUGCUCUUGGCUCUAGGGAGGGCUAUCUUAUAUAG